UAUUGUAAACAACUGAACAGUGAGAAUUGCCUCUGCUUUCAUCAUUGCCUUUGAUAAAAUCGGACACUCGUGUUGUGUGAUAGGCUGCCAUACUAAAUCACACAACAAAAAUGGCAGCAAAGUUGACCACGAUGCAAGAUUUUUUAGUUUUCCCACUUGGAAAAGAGGUUAUGGACAGCAGGUUGAGGAACUAACGAAGGCGGCGUCGGAUGGCCUUGGUCGCAGCGGUGAGACGGAAGGGCAUCACUUUCGACACCAUAUCUCCCCUCAUGCGUUUUUGCUCUCGGCAUUUUCAUAAAGGUGAACCAGCUUAUGAAAUGAUGGAGACUGACCCAGACUGGGCACCAUCCCUACAUCUGGGACACAGAUCUGUUACACCGACAAACACUGCACACUCUGCAAGACGAAGUAGGCGUGAGCAGCUACGGAAAGAGACACUGCAAGCACCAGAGAUGGGGGUCCAGCAGGAUGCAAAAACUGAGCCUGGUGAAAUACACAGUCACCAACAAAAUGAGAAGGGGACACCUGAUGCUGGAGAAGAAGGUGGUCAGCUAAUCACAGAGGAUGAGACGCACAACACCAGUCAGGAUGUGACACAGACUAAAUGUGACCUGUGUGUGCUUAGGCGUGCCGAGUUAAACUGUCUGUUGGAAGAAAACAGAGAGCUGCGGCGUGAACUUAAUGAGCGCCGGAGGUCUGAUGAUUUCUUUGGAGAGGAUGAUGAAAAAGUAAAGUACUAUACCGGUCUGCCAAACCUGGGAACCUUUAUGGCAUUAUUUCGAUUUUUCAUGCCGCUCAUGCCCACUCAAAAGAAAAUUCUCUCUCCCUUUCAAAUGCUCCCCUUAACCUUCAUGCGCCUUCGAUUGGAUCUGCCUGCGCAACACCUGGCUUAAGAGUGUGACAAUAUCUCGAUACAGCGAUAUAUCGCGAUUGUUUUCCGAAAUUUCCAGGUUGGCGGUGAAUCAGUAACAGGCACACUUUUGCUCAAUAGACAAUGUUUAUUGAUUAGAAAAUGCAGAAUAAAUGAGAUUUAUUGAUUACAAUCCCACAAGAGCAAGCAAACAAGUAUCAACAAAUGUCAACGAUGACGCUAGAUUUGAGUUCGUCAACCCCAGAAACCCCGCGUUACCGUUACAGCAAAACGAAAUGUCCCUUAGCAAUGAAAAUCGCUUACCGUGACAAAUGAGCGGGGAGCCAACACACUCCGGUAAGGCGGCGAAGGAACAAAGCCAGGCGAUCCGUACAUGACCCGCUGGCGGACUUCCUUCGCCGCCUUACUGGAAUGUAUGAGGCAGUAAUGUGGCGUCGGAGCUCCAUACUUUUGUAGGGAGGUCGUACGGAUCUAUAUUAUUGAUUGUCGAUAAUCUUGCCAAAUACCGAUCCCUGGCCUCCUUGAUAAGUUUGGCCCUGUACAGUAUCCUCUUAUCCCUCUCCAGAUUGGCGACUGAGCAAAAAGUUUUUAAAAAGUUUAAAAACUCACUCUUUCACCAGCUACUCCUGUUCGGGUUUGUUUACAUCCACGGUACACCCAAAAUGGCGCCUGGGGGCAUGUCCGCUAGUUUGGGCACGUGACUGACAAAGACCGAUGGCCUUGGUUAUAUACUGUAUAGACAAGUUUCCAAGGUACUGCCGCUUACUUCCUUAUGUCUGCCUAUAACUUCGGCCUUUAGAUUUUUUUUACCAUUGACUUCUAUGGUGCUGGAGUGGCAUCACUCACUAAAAACCCUGAAAAACUAGGAUUUCGGAAUACCACAUCCUUCUGCCAUCUCGACAUGGGAAGAAAACUUAAAGAAGUGGCCGAGGGUGACCACAAAUAAAAUAUUAUCGUGUUUUAUUGACUCUAUGGCAGUGGAUUGAAACGCCAUCAGGAAGCUCCUAGGCAUUCCAGUACCUGCACAGCCACAAAGUUAGAUGAGUCCUCAUAUACGAACACGGGAAUUUUGUCUUCAUGAAGGGGGAUGUAGAACCAAGCCAGUGCCUCUGUGCUCCGUACCACAAACCACGGGUGCUGGUAAUACAGGAGGAAGAUGUCCAAACUUCAGGCCGUUCAUGUAUCGCGGGUCCCGAGCGUUCGUGUAGUCAUGCUGCCGCUGUCUUAUGUAAGGUGUGUGCUCCAAAAUUACUAAACCUAAAAUCUGGAACAUGAAACGACUUGUUGCCUUUGCUAUUGAUCUUGCGAUGAUGAUUGUAAGUAUGAUAUUUAAUAUUAUUUACUACAACUACUCCUUGCAGCCUGUUGCUAAUCAGUACGUGUUGGAUGGACCCGCAUAAAACCAAGUGUUACUAUUUUUUGUUCGUUUGUUUAUAGGUGGAAAACUCUUGUUAGGCGAGGAAAUAUAAGUUGAUGUUCCUCACAGCAACACUUACUGUAAGUUGAUGGACAUAUAUCGAGACUACGUCGUUCUACCCGGGGGGUGACGAGAGGCUGGGGCUGGAGGCGGUGGCUCGCUUCGAAGUGGACCGUGAGCUCGAUACAGAGAUCCAACUACGAGCUUUUUAACUGCAGCAACUCUAAGAUAUGCUACUGGAGCUGGAAUUACCGAGGACAGCGGGAUAAAGUCCAUCUGGAUGCCGCCGAGGGUUUCCAUGAUGUCGGGUGAAAGUUUGGAGAAGCUCCCUUGAGCUCUGCUGUCUAAUAUUCCUCGUAUGCUCAACCUUCGUUAAUAUUUUUCCAAUAGUUUCAUGAAUUGUGAUUUAUUGACCUGUUUUGCCUGUGCACCAAUCGUUUUAAAACAAGAAAUGGAAUCAUGUUUUGCAAAUGCUUUUUAUUGCUAUCAAUAUCUACAAUAAAAAAGAAUGACAUACUAUUUGUGUUUAUAUGUACAUACCUCGUACUAUUUCCUUGUAACAACAAAAUCCGUGUCAGCCCUUCUGCAUUCGGCAAAUGUAAUACAGUAUAAUGUGUAAUUUCAUCUCAUUUUGGUCACUCAUGUGGCCGGUGUAUCAAUCUAUAACAUCAACACAGGCUGACAGGUUGUUAUAAUUUUGUCCACAAAUCAUCAACAAAGUUAUAUGAACAAUAAUACAAUCUUAUCUACGUCGUGCUGAAUCCAUUUAUGGAGAUUCCGUGAGCUCCUCUGCUGUAAUUUUGCAGUUUUAACUUUGUCAAAACACUGCUUACUUCAACCGUAAUUCAUGUUGUUUUUUUCUGAACCGGACGUUCGAGGCAUACAUUGUCCAAGAUGGCGCCGCCCAUAUUUCGCUCAGGAAACUUGUCUAUAUAGUACAGUUUUCAUAUGUGUUGAAAUGCUUCAUGAUUCCUCACUGACCCAUUGACAUUCAUUGUCCCCUGCAUGAAACGUUACAUUUGUUUGUUUGUUUGUUUUUCACUCAUUGUGAAUGAUAGUUUUGUUUUCAUGUCUCCAGCGCAAUCAAUAAGUCCUGUGCAAUUAUAUUGUUACUGAACACUAGAGGGAGCAAUACGAGUACAAGAGAAAUUAGGCAGGAGAACAAGAUAUUGACCAAUAAAAAAAACAGUGAGAGCAAAGCGCCUUCAAAUGGGUGCUGCACACAGUUGUACAGUAGGUGAGGAUAUGCACCUGAUAGUUGCUUGCCAUCCUCCAUUAAGAUAAGUUUUGGAGGUUUUUAUUUUUAGCUUGUUAAGCUUUUGUUUAGAGUUUACAGUGUAGUCAAUUUUAUUCCUUUUUUCCAUUCUGCAUGGUUAUAUAUCUAUAUUUAAAAUAUAAAAAUAUAAUAUGUUGGCAAAAUAAUUUUUCUUUUUACUUUUAAAGUAAAAUUUAGGGCUGUCAAAAUUAUCAUGUUAACGAGUGGUAAUUAUUUUUUUAAAUUAAUCCCGUUAAAAUAUUUAACGCAAUUAACGCAUAAAUGCCCCGCUCAAACAGAUUCAAAUGACAGGACAGUGAAAGGUGUACUUGUUGUGUUUUUCGGAGUUUUGCCGCCCUCUGCUGGCGCUUGGGUGUGACUGAUUUUAUAGGCUUCAGCACCCAUGAGCAUUGUGUAAGUAAUUAUUGACAUCAGCAAUGGCGGGCUACUAGUUUAUUUUUUGAUUGAAAUUUUUAUAAAUUUUAUUAAAACGAAAACAUGAGGAGGGGUUUUAAUAUAAAAUUUCUAUAACUUGUACUCACAUUUAUCUUUCAAGAACGACAAGUCUUUCUAUCCAUGGAUCGCUUUAACAGAAUGUUAAUAAUGGUAAUGCCAUCUUGUUGAUUUAUUGUUAUAAUAAAGAAAUACAGUACUUAUGUACCGUAUGUUGAAUGUAAAUAUCCAUCUUGUGUCUUA